AUGCGCAGAAGCGAGCAGUGGCGUCCACGCAGCGCCGCGCCGCCGCCACGCGCCAGUCUGCCUGCGGUGCUCCGCCUGCGAGGACGCUGCAGCGAGGAGGGCUUCCCGCCCUGCGCCGGCGCGCGACGUGUUGCAGACCAGUCGAGGGGCACGCCCGCGAAAAGAAAACAACGGUGGAGUGUGGAGGUGUGGAGGGUGGAGGGUGGAGGGUGGAGGUGUGGAGGGUGGAGGGCGGGCCCAGGGGAGGCUCCAGGCAUCACUCCAGAGGCAGCAACCCCCGGCCACAAUGGCCCUCGCGCCGGCAUCAAGUGGUCUCACCCGCGCGUGCGCGAGCUGGUGGUUGAAGAGGCGCGGGGGGCAGAGGGCCUGCGGUGUAGAGCACCAGCUGGGGUCUCUGGUCGCCGGAGGAACGUGCGACUCAUAGAGCCACGAGUGCUCGACCUCGGCAGUCGCCAGGCACGCCCCCGGAGUCCCACACCCGCCCCCGGAGUCCCACACCCGCCCCCGGAGUCCCACACCCGCCCCCGGAGUCCCACACCCGCCCCCGGAGUCCCACACCCGCCCCCGGAGUCCCACACCCGCCCCCGGAGUCCCACACCCGCCCCCGGAGUCCCACACCCGCCCCCGGAGUCCCACACCCGCCCCCGGAGUCCCACACCCGCCCCCGGAGUCCCACACCCGCCCCCGGAGUCCCACACCCGCCCCCGGAGUCCCACACCCGCCCCCGGAGUCCCACACCCGCCCCCGGAGUCCCACACCCGCCCCCGGAGUCCCACGCCCGCCCCCGGAGUCCCACACCCGCCCCCGGAGUCCCACACCCGCCCCCGGAGUCCCACACCCGCCCCCGGAGUCCCACACCCGCCCCCGGAGUCCCACGCCCGCCCCCUGGGGCAGGGGGGGGGCAGGGAGGGGGGCGGGGCGAGGAAACCCCCGCUCGUCUCGCGAAGAGGAGGAGGUGAAACGCCGACCGCCGAAUGA